AUGGCUCAAAAAGGAAGAUGCAUCGCACCUCUACCGCCACCAAGAGCGCUUCAAGUGCUUGCAUUCCGCCCUGCUGAUGUUCGUUGGCCUCAAAAUCUGAAACCUGGAAGUCCAUCACCGCAAAUCGACUUAUAUCCAUCGAAUACCGUAUGGGAGCAAGAACCAUUCAAGUAUCCAGACCAAGAUUCAGAAUCGGAUUCGAAUCGUGGUCCGACUGUUGCGAAGAGAAAACGCCGUGAUGUCAACAUUGGUGCUUCUGCGGCAGCACAAAACCAACAGCCUCCCAUUCCACGUAUAGAGAUCUAUGAAUCUCCCAAUCUCGCUGUAGAAAAGUCUUCAACUGUGCCGCCGAGCAUCCUGGGCCAAGCACGAGUACCUCUACCUGAAGGUGCUAUUCGACCACCGGAAGCCUUAAUUUUUGACUCACAUUUCGAAUCUGGGAACCUCGCAUACGUAACUCUCGAUACUACCACCAGCCAUUAUUCCCAUUAUUUCCUGUCUAUUCGGCCAGACAUUGAUACUAUUGGGCACUGUCAAUGGUUUUGGGUCCGAAUACGAAACAUGAAGAAAGACAUGAAAUACAGAUUCAGCAUCGUGAAUUUCAUGAAAAAGAAAACACUGUAUUCAAAGGGUAUGAGACCGCUAGGAUAUUCUUCCAAGAAACGCAGGUGGAGUCGUAUUGGGAGUGAUGUUCGUUAUGUGGAGAAUGUCGAGGCGAGGAGUCUGGGGGCACUUCCUGGCAGGCUGUGGUGUUUAGAGUUUAGUUUUGUCUUUCCAGAUGAUGAUGAUGUGUUUUACUUUGCACAUUGUUAUCCGUAUACGUAUUCUUAUCUUCAGCAAACACUCAGUGGUAUAUUAAGCCAUCCAGUACAGUCUCUACAUGUCCGGCAUACAGUAGUUGGACGGACUAUAGCCGGGAACAAUCUAGACAUGCUCACAAUAACAGCACGCUGCGAUGACCCUCAGGAACUGGCAAAACGCUGUUGCAUCUUCCUAACAGCAAGAGUGCACCCUGGCGAAACAAACUCUUCAUUCGUCUUGCACGGUUUCAUGAAAUUCAUCCUCUCAGAGCACCCUGAAGCACGCUUUCUUCGAGAACACUUUGUCAUCAAACUAAUUCCCAUGCUGAACCCCGAUGGAGUUAUCAUUGGAAAUCAUCGGACGAAUUUGAAUGCGUGGGAUAUGAAUCGCACAUGGGGGCUAGAGAAUCUCAAGCAAGAGGUUCGAGCACCUGAAAUAUAUCUGGCAAAGCAGUGUAUUCUGAAGACACAAGAGAAGAGAAGGGUGGUGUUUUACAUGGAUUUGCAUGGGCACAUGAAGAAGCUGGCUACGUUCAUAUAUGGGUGUCGUGGGCAGGAUAUGAGGUAUCCCGAACGAGUCUUUCCCUAUAUGAUGAACACUUCAGCACCAGACACAUUCUUUUAUCGACGUUCGACUUUCAGAAUGGAUAAAGGAAAAGCAGGAACAUCUAGAAUAGUGCUCUACAAUCAAGGCAUGACAAACUCCUUCACUCUCGAGACUUCUUUUUGUGGAGUCGAUACAUCAAACCAUGGUGGAUAUCACUACUCUGUACCAGAUUUGGAACGUAUCGGACUUGAAAUUGCCAAAACACUCUUUCAAUACUAUAAAGAGACGAAAUCUAUUGAGAAAAUAGAGCGUGUGCUUGCGGCACGCAUCGAAUCUGGAGAGCAAGGAUAUGCUGAUAACGACAAGGAAGGAUCUGAUGAUGAUGAUACAGAUUCUGAUGAUGAGCAGUUACGAACUGUUGUUGAGAAAAAGAAGAAAAAGAGGAAGAAGAGGCAGCCCGGGAAACUGAAACCGGCAUCUACGAAUGAUGUUCGUAGUGACGCGGUGACCAAGGAUACGAAUGUUCCAAAACGAUACACAGCUUCAGCACCAGCCUCCCUCCUACCACCCAUACCAUCCAAAGAAAUGACACCGAAUCGAAGACAAUCUGUCAUUCGUGUCUUUAAUCUUACAACCUGUGAUUCCAUCCUACCAUCAGCAGCCUCGCCACACAUACCAUCAACAGAGACAAUACAAGAACCACCAAAACGAGCCUUUACCAUCAAAGUCGCCAAAACGCCAACACGACUCGCAAGUAUACCUUCAGCGCAACCACCUCACCAAAACAAAAGCCAAUCAGAAGAACAUCAGCACACAAACCCAAACCUGAACAGCUCUGAAGCUAUCUCUACCCGACAGAUAGUCGCAACACCCACACAAUCCCCAUCCACAACACCACACGACUCAACAGAUGCAAUCACGUCCGAAGACUCAUACGACGUAAGAGCUACCCAGAUCAAUAUUGAGGGCCCGCCACCAGCUGGAACGGCACUGUCUCCGUAUGAGAGGUCGGUCAAGAUUGAUAUGAAGGGGCAUGUUGAUUUUAGGAAUCGUAGACGGGUGACUGACAUACCGUCGUCUUUGUUGCUGCCUGCUUUGCUACCAAAAUAG